UUUCCGUUUCCAUGGGGAGUUUAAGGAUUCUGCGUGCGUGUGUCACUCUUCAAGGCUUUAUCUCUACGACUUGGAAAGCCUGAGACUUCAUUCCCGUAGUACGCUCGCUUCCCGGUUUGCGCAUGUGCGGUGGGAGCCGCGGCUCUUUGACAGCGACUUGCCAUGGCGGCGGCGGCGGCGGCGGCUUCUUCGGUGGCUGUUCCGGCUGCGGUGCCUCUGGAGCACGAGAACCAGAUCUUCCUGGACCUUUUCCACGACGACGGGCUGGUGGUGUGCGCCCGCGGCCUGGGCAUCGACCGCCUCCUCCUGCGCUUCCUCCGCCUUUACUGCGAGCCGGCCAGGCUGGUGCUGGUGCUGAACACCAGCCCUGCAGAGGAGGAGUUUUUUAUCGACCAGCUGAGGACGGAUAACGUAGCUCAUCUUCCUCGACGCGUCACAAAUGAAAUCGCAAGCAGCAACCGCUAUGAAGUUUACACCCAAGGGGGUGUCAUUUUUGCCACCAGCCGGAUUCUGGUGGUAGAUUUUCUGACCGACCGAAUCCCUUCAGAUCUUAUCAGCGGUAUUUUGGUGUACAAAGCCCACAGAAUCAUUGAGUCUUGCCAGGAAGCUUUUAUCUUGCGACUCUAUCGCCAGAAGAACAAGCAGGGUUUCAUUAAGGCCUUUACAGACAAUGCCGUGGCCUUCAGUACUGGCUUCUGUCACGUGGAAAGAGUGAUGAGAAAUCUCUUUGUGAGGAAGCUUUACCUCUGGCCAAGGUUCCACGUAGCAGUGCACUCCUUCCUAGAGCGGCACAAGCCCGAAGUGGUUGAAAUGCACGUCAGCAUGACCCCGGCCAUGCGAGCCAUCCAGAGUUCCAUUCUGGACAUCCUGAACGCGUGUUUGAGAGAACUAAAGCAUUGCAACCCGGCUCUGGAAGCAGAGGAUCUGUCGCUGGAAGAUGCUAUCGGGAAAGCUUUCGACAAGACAAUUCGUCACUAUUUGGAUCCUCUUUGGCACCAGCUGGGAUCAAAAACCAAAUCUCUGGUCCAAGAUUUGAAGAUUCUCCGUACUUUGCUACAGUACCUGACUCAGUAUGACUGCGUCACGUUCCUUAACCUUUUGGAAUCCUUAAGAGCCUCAGAAAAAGCCUUUGGUCAGAAUUCAGGUUGGCUUUUUCUCGAUUCUAGUACGUCAAUGUUUCUAAAUGCUCGGGGCAGAGUGUAUCGCCUCCCAGAUGACAAAGCAAAUAAAAAAAGAAAUGCUUCCAAGAAAGCAGAUAUCGGAGAAGGAGAAGGAAAAGACCAGAAAAGGGAGUUGAUCCUGGAAAGCAACCCAAAGUGGGAGGCUCUUGGAGAAGUCCUGAAGGAGAUUGAAACGGAGAAUGCAAACAGUGAAGCUCUGGGUGGGCCAGGACGAGUGCUUAUCUGCGCAAGUGAUGACCGCACUUGUGCUCAGCUCAAGGAGUACAUCACAGUUGGGGCAGAAGCUUUCUUAACUAGGUUGUAUAACAAAACCUUUGGGAAGGACAAGGAAGCCGGCGAAGCCUGCCUGAAGGACGGAAGGGCAGCCAAGGGCCGGGGCAAUGGUGCCAGAGAACCACGGGCCAAGAAAACCAGAACAGAUUCCUCCAAACCGAAGAAGGCAAAGAAGCCAGAGCUGACCUUGACCCAAAUGCUGAACAAAGAGGAGCAGGGAAACCUGGGAGAGGAAGAAGGCUGUGAGGAAUUAAGCAGCAGCCAAGAGAGCGUUGGAGAAGCCAAGCCUGAAGACCUUCACCUGAACCUCUCCUCGGAUGCCUAUUAUGGGAUCUUAAAGGAGCCACUCACUGUGAUCCACCCGCUGAACGGCUGUGGGGACCCUUACGCUCUCACUCGCGUCUUGCACGAAGUCGCCCCGAGAUAUGUCGUGCUGUACGACGCGGAGCUGACGUUUGUUCGCCAGCUGGAAAUUUUUAAGGCAAGCAGGCCUGGGAGGCCUCUGAGGGUUUAUUUCCUUAUCUAUGGAGGUUCGACAGAGGAGCAACGCUAUCUUACUGCACUACGGAAAGAAAAGGAAGCUUUCGAAAAACUCAUUCGUGAGAAGGCCAGCAUGGUGAUCCCUGAAGAAAGGGAAGGAAGAGAUGAAACAAACUUGGAUCUAGUAAGAGAUGCAACCCCAGCGACCGCUUCCACUGAUACGCGCAAAGCAGGUGGCCAGGAAGAGAGGGGUGUGCCACAAAGCAUUGUCGUGGACAUGCGCGAAUUUCGUAGCGAGCUUCCGUCUUUGAUCCACCGUCGCGGCAUUGACAUUGAGCCCGUGACCUUGGAGGUCGGUGACUACAUCCUCACCCCCGACAUCUGUGUGGAGCGCAAGAGCAUCAGCGAUCUCAUUGGCUCCCUGAACAGCGGGAGACUUUAUACGCAGUGCGUCUCCAUGUCUCGCUAUUACAAGCGCCCCGUCCUCCUCAUAGAGUUUGACCCUAGCAAAUCCUUCUCCCUCACUCCCCGGGCGUCCCUCCAUCAAGAAAUCUCGAGCAACGACAUUAUAUCCAAACUCACCCUCCUCACUCUCCAUUUCUCCCGGCUUCGACUCCUGUGGUGCCCCUCUCCGUACGUGACGGCUGAAUUGUUUGAGGAACUGAAACGGAAGCGUCCCCAGCCUGAUGCAGCUACAGCCAUGGCUGUCACAGCAGAUUCAGAAAGCCUCCCCGAAUCGGACAGAUACAACCCGGGUCCCCAAGACUUCUUGCUCAAAAUGCCCGGUGUGAAUGCCAAAAACUGCCAGGCCAUAAUGAAUCAUGUUAAGAGCGUUGCAGAACUCGUAACCCUUUCUCAGGACAAGUUGGCCGAACUUCUGGGCAAUGCCGGCAAUGCCAAGCAGCUUUAUGAAUUCAUUCAUUUGCCCUUUACAGAGGCCGUUUCUCAAGGGAAAAACAAGAGGUGAUAAAUUGGAGUGCCUUGGCUAAUUGCUAUCGUGUCUUAGAGUUGAACUGCCCUGUCAGAAAAGCUAUCUGCUGUGAUCCUCUUGGAACUAGACCACUUCAGAAUACAGGUGAAGUGGUUAACAUGUUGGAAUGCUGUCCUAUAGCCAAAGCAGUCCGCCCGUGGAAAGCUAGCACGUUGAGAAGGAUAGCUUUCUCCUUGACACUAGGUUUCCACACCCAAGGAUUUCAUUUCAGUGAAGUGAAACACUUCAAACCUGUGAUCUCCCAUUGCCAUAUCCAUUUUCUGAACGGGAUGAUUAGCUCCAAAUGGUACAAUGCCUUGGGAAGCUUUAAGGGGCUCUUAUCAGCCUAGAAGCUUUUAAAUGAAGUGUCUUAUAAUUAUAAUUAUAAUUAAAGGUUAAAGAAUAAAAAUAGGUAAAAAAGCUAGCAAUUUAUUUUGUAUGAUGGUGAAAUGGUGGGUUGGAGGACCAUGGGGCACACUGUAUCACUCUUUAUAAAUGAAUAUUUUAGGAUUAAAAUGCAUGUGUCUGAGUUGAUUGUCUUUUGCAGGCAUAAACGUGUGGGGCUGCUCAGAUGUAGCCACAUCCAUUCCAAACUUACUGGUAUUAGGUUUCAUUUCCAGAAACUACUCCUCUUUUCAAGGAACUGAUUAGAACAGGAGGGGGCUAACUUCUUUGCCUUUGUUUGCUUAUUUACAAGAAUUCCUGUUCCAUCUGUUUCGUGAGUCACUCUAUUUCUGGUGAUCAUGUUGUUGGUGCCGUGGUUUAUGUAGCCAAAACUGCAUUACCCAUGCACAAGAGGGUAGUAUCAGCAGGCUUGGCAAGAGCCUCAAGGCUUGCAGAAGUAAUAAAAAUAUGUAAGGGGUCAAAUGGGGGGGACGCCAACCCAAUAGGGGGACUGUGAAUGCUAGCUGACAGAUGGGUGGGGCUGGAAUCCUGAACGGCAGCACUCACCCUGCAGUGUUUUGCCGCAGCUCCUCUGAGCAAAUCUCAGAAUCCUUUAACAAUUAUGACAUUACUGAUUGGUGUUUAAACAAUCCAAAGUCUGCUGUCGUAGUUAAGAACCUAGCCAGCACCUUGCGGAUCAGACUGAGGUCUGCCUGGUCUAGCAUUCCUUUGGAAGGAUGUUGUUAGCAAUCAGCAAAUAGGAGCUGUUCCAGAUGCAAUUGGUCAAUGGUCUGUGGUUUGCUUUUUUUCCAUUGCAAAAAAAUCAAUUCCCAUUGAAUUUGUUUCAAUGGGACUUUUUGGCACUACAGAUUGCAGGAACAAAGAGCCUCAAUUGAUUAGGGAUUGCAAGAGGGACAAUAUUAUAUCCACCUUAACCCCCACCCCAGAUCCUCAUCCAGAUUGGGUGUCUUGCACUUGCAAUUUGUGUGUGUCAGAGGAAGACUAGGGAGUACAGAACUCUGAUGUUAAGGUCAUGUGUAGUUUCCAAUUUUAAUUGCAAAUACCAAAAUGUGAAGUUUCCAGUUUUAAGGCCUGGGCAAGUGCAAACAGGUAUACUAUUUUUAUGUGAAGCCUAUCUGAAUUAGGGAUGGAAGAGAAAUUUGAUCCAUUUUGCACUGAAAGGCAAAGCUGCCUAAUUAACACAUCCUGAAACAAGAUGAGAACCAAAACACAGCCAUCCUUCAAAAUUCACACUUAUCUGAAAUUCAUGAUGCAGUUCUCCAAUCAAGCAGAGUUUUCAAAAAAAAUGCAUAUCAGGGGACAGUAUGCAUAACGAUGAAUGUAUUUAUGAAAAUAACAUACAAAAAUGCAUUAUAUUAGGGAAGAUUCUUGCAAGGAAUGUGUGUGUUAGUCAAAAUGGCAUACAAAUGCAUUAGGAGAAAUUUGCCCUAAGAUGCUGAUGGAUUUUCAGGAGGGCUUUUUGCUUUUUUUGUUUUGCUUUGUUUUUAAAUCACAAAUUGUUGCAAAAAUGUGAAGAACUGGAUUUAAGAUUGUAAAAUUAGAAACUAAGAGAACCAAAAUUGACUGAUCUUUUCAUUCCUCCUCUGAAUGAAGUUGGGUAAGGAUCAUGCCUGCCUUUUAGUAUUUUGAUUAGGAACUGAAGAGUUGGGGCUUCUCCAUCUUUCAUUCUUGGAAGACUGCAGGGACAUACAAGGAGCAGCACACGUCUUUGAGUGUUGUCUUUAUUUUUAGCCCACAAUCCAGUCUGCAAAAAUUGCCUGUGUGGUAGUCAUUAAACAUUUAAUUCUUGGGCCCAUUGAAACAGACUCCCCACCCCUACUCCGCACACAUGCACUCCUGGUCAAAACAUUUAAAUUAUCUGUGAAAUAUUUUGGCUUUAGUGGAAAUCAAACAAAAAAUGUAAACUUGGGAGUUGAAAGAUAUCCACUUGGGGCUAGAGGACAUGUUAUUCCUAGCGGAAUAUUUCUGUGGAUUUUUAAUUCUAUGUUGUAAUAACCCCGAAUUUCUUACAAUUUUGAGUACUCUUCAAAUGGUAUAUAUUUGCAGAUUUCCCCUUUCCAGAACUUAUACCACAAUAAAAUGUGUUGCUCUUUUAAGGAACUACAAGACUCGUCGUUUUUUGAAGAGUUCCCUGCAUUUAACAGGAUUAUUUUUUAAAAAAAUACUUGCAUUAAUCUUUAGUAACUAUGGUCAGGAAAAGAGGGGUGAUCUGUGCCCUGUCUUCAUAUAAAAGGAGAAAUGUCCUGAGCAUGUGCAGUUUUGCAUUUUAACUCGCCCCAAAUCAUAGCACCAUCAUGACUGCCUUGAUGGUAAAUAAGUUUCCUUGGGAAUAAACAGCAUUUUGCUGUAGAAAAAGGUCGUGACUUUCAUGCAAAGUAGUGCCAAAUCUCUUGUUCUGCAAGAUAGAGGUGGGCAGACAAGCAGGUGGGCCAGUGGCCCAGGUAAGCUGCAGAGUAACAGGUGAGACAGACCAGCUCCCCCACAACCAUCCUGCUCUGAUGCCACUGCCUGCUACUUGCAUCUUCAUUGCACUCAACUGCUGAGACAGAAAUGGUGUUGAUAUGAGCAGCUGUGGCAAGAGGUGUGCAGGCCAAGCCACCUGAUAAUUGUGUAAUAUCACAGUGAUGCCAUGUGAUUCACAGGUGUGUUGCCCAACCCACCUGUCAAAGCUGGCCUGCAAGGUGGAAAU